AACAAGACAAUGACCGAAAAUAAUAAACAAUUACAAUAUGAAGAAUUAUCUUUAUUAAUAUCCAUGUUUAACGAUAAUGAAUUUAAGUGGGUUGGCGAUCAAGACCAAUUGGAACAUUGGAAGUCUGCAAUAGACAAGUUUAUGUCAGCUCAUGUUUCUGGCUUAGAUGUUUCUCCCUUUCGAUUUCGAAUUUUACUGGAUAUGCGUGAAAAUUGGUUCAACGUGUUUCUACCUUGUCGAUAUCCCGAAAUUAGACCAGAAUGUUACUUUUCAUCUGACACAGUCACUAGACAAACAUGGACUGAAAUAAAUCAGGAAAUUGAAAAAAAGCUGAAUGAAAGAUGUGAUGGAGGGUUUUCAAAACCUGGGUACCCCGGAAUAAUUAUCGUGGAAGGAUUAUAUGAUAAUGUUCAAGAUUACGUUUCUAGAUUAAAGAGUUUAAGAUGGCAAGCGAUUACUGUCCUCUCAGAAGAGUCAGAAGUAAUCUAUAAUUUACCAUUGCAUGAUCAUGAUAAAUUUGUAAAACUAAGAUUGGGACGUAUUAAACCUGGGGUUUCUGAAUUUGAGAGCAUGUCAGAAAUGACUUCAAAAAUGAAAGAGGCAGGAUUGGAAGAAAUGUUUUUGUCAGCUAUGAAGAUUAAUAAAAAAUCAGACAAAUCAUUAACAUAA